CGGUCACACUGUUCGCUGUAGCGAUUAAAUACAAAAAAAAAUUUAUUUUUUGUUGAAAUUGCACUGCCAAAGAGAGACGAGACAUCAUGACUGAUAAUGGCAAGCUGUCUGUGGCUGUGGUCUGUUCCUCCAACAUGAAUCGCUCCAUGGAGGCGCACAAUUUUCUGGCCAAGAAGGGUUUCAACGUGAGGUCCUACGGCACCGGCGAGCGCGUCAAGCUGCCCGGCAUGGCCUUUGAUAAGCCGAAUGUUUACGAGUUCGGCACCAGCUACGAGGACAUACACCGCGACCUGGAGUCUAAGGACAAGGAGUUCUACACACAAAACGGUCUGCUGCACAUGCUGGACCGCAAUCGCCGACUCAAGAGGGCCCCGGAAAGAUUUCAGGAAACCAAAGAAAAGUUUGAUAUUAUUGUUACCGUGGAGGAGCGUGUCUACGACUUGGUGGUGCUGCACAUGGAAUCCAUGGAUUCAGUCUACAAUCGACCCGUUCACGUGCUGAACGUAGACGUGGUGGACAAUGCCGAGGAUGCAUUGAUGGGGGCAUUUCUGAUAACAGAUAUGAUUAAUUUACUGGCCAAAUCAAACGAUCUCGAUAAUGAUAUUGAUGAAAUGAUACAGGAAUUUGAAGAGCGUCGCAACCGAGUGAUCCUGCACUCGGUUCUCUUUUACUGACGACCGACAUUCAUCAAUGGUACUUGUAUUUUUCCUAUCCAUCACCUGCGCUUUAGCUACAGAUACUACAGUCCUUUCGUGAGAACGGGAAUGAGGGAGCAGCAGCAUACCAACUUUAAUAACGGGAGCCAUAAGAAUUGUACAUAGAAUGAGCUUUAGAUUAUUUAGACAACAAUUUGACAGAUACGAUACACACAUACACACACAGAGAAAGACAAACAGACAGCCUCCCCUCCCCCAUGCAUCAUUUGACACCGUUGUUAGUUUUUUUAAGCCGCACUCUCAUCAAGCAUGCGAUUCGCUCCCAUAGAUGCAUCCACAUGUGUGUAUUACAAGUAACAUCUCUAGGGUUAUCUGCUUGUAAACUUUACGUUUAUGUCAAUGUGUUUGCUUGUGUGAGCGUCCGACUCACUUUUUAAAACAUAUAAGGAGUACCGUUCCUGGUACUUCAACAAUUAUAGCUACUUUUAUCUUGUAUGUAUCAUUUUUUGCCGAUGUUCCCCACCUGGCAGCUCUGGCUGGGUAACGAUCUGGCUCCCCCUUUUCUACACAAAUACAUCGGACACUCAACAUGCAUACACUCACCCAUACACAUCCCUUCUUACGAUUCUCGUACCAUGAAUGCUUGUGUAUGAGUAUGCACAACAGAGAACCGGCAACUGGCCGAGGAGACCAGGAGCGCAUUCAGCCCUCAAGGGUGGGGGGACCAUAGCUUUCUUAUUUAAAGAAAUUAACAACAAAUUAA